AUGUCGACCGACUGCGAGAAUCUAUUGAAGAAGUUCCUUGUCCUGAAUCCGGCGAAACGCGCCUCGCUCGAGAGCAUAAUGCGCGACAAGUGGAUGAACACCGGCUACGAGGACGACGAGCUUCGGCCCUUCGUCGAGCCGCAGCAGGACUUCAAGGACCACAAGCGGAUAGAGGCGCUAGUUCUUCUCGGCUACAAUAGGCAAGAGAUAGAGUACUCUCUGGCGGAAGCGAAAUACGAUGAUGUCUUCGCAACUUAUCUCUUAUUGGGGAGGAAGAGUACAGAUCCGGAAUCUGAUGGCAGCCGAUCGGGCUCAUCAUUGUCACUGCGCAAUGCAGCUGCUCAGCCGCAGUCACAACAGCAAGCGGCCAACGCACACGCAGGUGCGGCGUGCGGGUCGCCGUCGCACCGCGGCGUCCAGCGCAGCAUCUCGGCGAGCGCGCGCCCCGCGGCCUCGCGACGCGCCUCCUCCGGCGCAGAGGUGUUGCGCGCGCAAGUGGGCACGACUACGAGUACCGCCAACAAUACUACAUCCACAGCGACCACCACUACGUCGAAUUUUAAAAGACAAAACACCAUUGACUCGGCUUCCAUCAAAGAGAACACGGCGCGUAUAGCCCAGAUGCAGGUACAGAACACGGCGCGGCCAACGUCCGCGCAGCCGAAGCUAGAGGCGCGGUCUCGUACGCUCACCGGGCAGCCGCGCCGUCCGCAAUUCGAUGCGCACACGCAUACACCCGCUAAGCUUUCGCCGCCGCAUGAUACGCCGAGUUUAAACUCAACAAUGACAACAACGGUGGGUGCCACAGGUGGCGCUGCGAACGCGAGUGCGCGCCGGGAUUUUCCGAACCCGCUAGUGUUCCCUAGAAAUGUUCCAUCUAGAUCUACCUUCCAUUCAGGUCAAACUCGAUCGCGCGGCGGCAGCGCAGGAGGUGCGUACGGCGACGGUGGCUCACCACACCAGGCGCGACCCUCUUUCUUCUCGAAACUCUCUUCGAGAUUCUCCAAACGGCCUAUGGAUGGUACCACCCCGAAGCAUGCGGUAGGCGCUAGUCCGCAAAAUUUGCUUGGGCAGGGUACGGAGGAGCAAGUGAAGCCGCGCGUGUUGCGUUUCACGUGGAGUAUGAAAACGACGUCGUCGAGGGAUCCCAAUGAAAUCAUGGCUGAGAUACGAAAGGUGUUAGAUGCGAACAACUGCGACUACGAACAAAGGGAACGGUUUCUGCUGCUCUGCGUGCACGGAGACCCAAACGCGGACUCCCUGGUGCAGUGGGAGAUCGAGGUGUGCAAGCUGCCUCGGCUCUCGCUCAACGGCGUUCGCUUCAAGAGAAUAUCCGGCACCAGCAUCGGAUUCAAAAACAUUGCGUCGAAGAUCGCUAAUGAGCUCAAGCUGUGA